AUGUGCAACUACAUCUACAAGGAGCUCAGCUGCCAACAUCACUACCACUUGGUGGAAUCAUGGUGUCCCAAGUACAUCGAGACUGAACGUCGGUGUCCACCCACCAUUGUGAGCAAGCAGUACUGGGGUGACGAUAUUUGUGCUGCCUGCCGAGAACGCCAACAACCAAGUCAACACCCAUGGGCUAAGCUCAUCCAACGUCCCGAGUCACGCAUGCCCUACUCUCCUCAGCUCCGCGCAUAA